AGUCCUGCAACCAAGUGUUUUGGACAGUCUUCCCUCAUGUCUGCUUCAUUUGUUCCUUAGUGAUCUACGCAUUGCUGGGUGCUCUCAUGUUUUCUCAUGUUGAAGGCAACAGAGAAAGCAAUGAAACAGAAGCAUAUCAGACUUUCAUGCGACAGCUUUGGAAUCUGUCAAAGAAUUCAUCAGGAAAUGAGAUCUCCUUUGAUGAGUUCAAGGAAGAAGCACGUAAGUUGAUUGAAACAAUUGAAUGGGAAUGGUUUGGCGACCCUAAAAAGAAAUGGUCCUUUCUGGGCUCUCUCUUUUUCUGCUGCACUGUGUUCACAACAGUGGGUUAUGGUCAUACCUACCCUGUGACAAGACCUGGGAAAUACUUGUGUAUGCUGUAUGCAUUAUUUGGCAUCCCUCUAAUGUUCUUAGUUCUCACUGAUAUGGGAGACAUCCUCUCAUCUAUAUUAUCCACAUCUUACAAUAAAGGGAGACAACUACAGUCAAAAAUAUUAGCCAGGCUUUCUCUUGCAUCCUGCUGGAAGAAGAAGAGAGACUCAAAAUCUGGAUCCUUAGCCCUCAGGCAAACCAAAGUAGUCCUUCAUGAACCUUUAAACAUCAAAGAAGUGCUAAGACAUCAUUCUUCACUGAAAAUAAAGCCUUGCCAAAGUCGAAAUGUCGAAAUAUUUGAACAACUUAUUGCCAGGGAGAACCAGUUCCUUGCACCACCGAGACCUGGCAAGUUUGAACGAUGGAGUUCAUGCCCUGAACUGGAUUCAGGGGCAAUGAUGAACCACAUGAUUGACAAUAUUGACAAUAUAGGGAAAAGAGUAGAAAAGUUGGAUGUGCCAUUUUGGUUGAUGAUGCUCAUUGUCUUUGUAUACAUUUCCUGUGCUGCCGCCAUCCUUCCGCGCUGGGAAAGCCGUUUGAAUUUCGAGGGCGCUUUCUAUUUCUGCUUCAUCACCUUAACAACAAUUGGCUUUGGUGACGUUGCCCUGGAACACCCCAACUUCUUUUUGUUUUUGUCAUUUUAUAUUGUAGUCGGCAUGGAAAUUGUCAUCAUCGCUUUCAAGCUGGGACAAGACAGGCUCAUUUCUCUGUACAAAAAGUUGAUCUGCUGCAUCGGACGGAAAAAUGCCCCACAAAAAAUGGUAUGA